UAACCUGACUUUAUAUAAUGAACAAAAAGAGUCUUGCAAUCUUCAUACUAUUACUUCUCAUAGUUGGAGAAACAUUCGCAAGAAGAGCGAGGGGUGGAAAUAGUUAUAGGCGCAGAGCUAGAAGUUCUACCACUUCAGGGAGCAGAUCUUCUGGCUCUUGAGGAGGCAGUUCAACUACCUGUAUCAUUAUCCCCAUCUGUUGUAUUGCUGGCUUUAUACUCCUGAUCGCUAUGAUAAUUGUCAUAUGGCAAUGAUGGAGAGCAUAUAGAAAGAAGCACAAAGGCUCAAUGAGCAAUAGAUUAAAGGAAGCUCGAAAAAGAAGACUGGAGUUAGAAAAAAAGCAAAGACAAGAAGCUUCAAAACUCCAAAAACUUCAAAAAGAUCAAGAAGAAAGAGCUGAAAGACAAUACAACGCUCAAAUAAGCUCUCACUCCUCUACAACUCCAGCUAAACUCUCCACUCAAGCUUCUCACCCUCAGUUCAUAAUGCCUGGCUCUGCUCUCCAGCCUACCUACAAUAUUGUGAAUCCUUAUGCUGGCAACCACAACCCUCACCCAGUACCAGUGGCUUAUGACCCAGCCAUGUACGGAGUCCAGUACGAUGCUAACGUUCAGAUUCCUCCACAAAGACUACAGACUCCUUACACAAACCGUCCUAACAGAAGAGAAAGCCAAAAUUCUUCCAAGCUAACCAAUCCAGAUAGAAAAAGAGUAUAGAUCAAUGACUUGGUUACAAGCUG